GAGACACUCAGGAAGUUGACAGGGGAAGUUUAGUGGUUUUUUUGCGUCAUCAUUUUAUGCUGCUUCUUGUGUGCCGUUGCAGAGUGAAGGCUGGAAGACUAAAAGUUUGUCCUAAGACUCCAGCUUUACAAUGCGAUACAGCUCACCAGGGUGGCAAAGUUCACAGAGGCAGCAGCAUCAGCAGCAGCAGUGCAACAGAAUCCCUGAAAUGCAAAGCUCCUCCACAAAGUCACUGUCACACUAAGAGGAGUCGGCGAGCACAUCCAACCGCAGGCAGCCGGCAGAGUGAGCAGGCAGAGGAGCGCCGGCCGUUCUGAAUGUGUGGGGGAAACUGAAGGCAGGAAGAGAUGCGGAGAGUUCGAAGAAAAGGGGGCAACAAAGAGAAGGUGUUUGGAUGUGAUCUGCUGGAGCAUCUCACCACCUCCAGUCAGGAGAUUCCCCCAGUGUUACGCACCUGCAGUGAGUUUGUGGAGCAACAUGGGAUCGUGGAUGGAAUCUACCGCUUGUCUGGAGUUUCUUCUAAUAUCCAGAAACUAAGGGGUGAGUUUGAGAACGACGGGGCUCCAGAUCUGAACAAAGAUGUCUACCUGCAGGACAUCCACUGCGUCAGCUCUUUGUGUAAAGCCUAUUUCAGAGAGCUGCCCAACCCUCUACUCACCUACCAGCUGUAUGACAAGUUUGCUGAGGCAGUGGCCAUCCAGCUGGAAGAGGAGCGGCUGAUAAAGAUCAGGGAUGUUCUGAAGGAGCUACCAGAGCCUCAUUACAGGACUCUGGAGUUUCUGAUGCGACAUCUGGUCCGGAUGGCUUCAUAUUCCUCAGAGACCAACAUGCAUGCGCGCAACCUGGCCAUCGUCUGGGCCCCCAACCUGCUCAGGUCGAAGGACAUUGAGGCCUCUGGAUUCAACGGUACAGCAGCCUUCAUGGAAGUUCGAGUCCAGUCCAUCGUGGUGGAGUUCAUCCUCACUCACGUCCCUCAGCUGUUUCCUCUUGAAGGUCUGAACAAACUCUCCCUCACUUUUCCACUGUCAGACCCAUUGCUAUAUCGCUGCCUUCUCUGUCCUUCAGGUGCACCUGCAGAGAGAAGGAAGUCCCUCCCCUCUCCGACAGCGCUACCCAAUCAGGACGUCCUGUUCUUCAAGUCCUCAGGUUCUCAGCCUAACUUUGGGAACAUCAGUCCUGGAGACGGACCCCUGGCGAUCAGACCCUACCAUGCAAUAAUCGAAGGCACAGACAAGAGGAAAGGAUCGCUUAAAGGCAGGAAAUGGAUGUCCAUUUUUCACAUCGGAGGACGAUUCCCAGACCCAAGAAAGAAACACAAACAUUCCACCAAGGAAAAAGACAGAACGCCUUUAAGACCUGCAAGAAGCAUGGACUCCCUCAGCACGCCGUCCUAUCCCAACGAAGGUUCCAGGCGUUCUGGGCCCCGUCCUCCAUCCAGCAACAUGUCCCCUGCCAUCACCUCCUCUCAGCCUCCCUUAGACACCCCAGCAUCUGGCGGUGGAUUGGGUAGCAGCGAAUACGCAGUAACCUACCGCAGAGGAACAGGCUUAGUCAGCGGAGGUGCAGGGACACAGGGUACCUACACAGCUCUGGACCCUGAUGGUUUAGUGAUACCAGGCAGCGAGGGGAUCCAUUCCAGGUCCCCAGGACUCUCCAACAAAGCUAGAAGAGCUGCCAUGCACAUCACAGGCCCCACCCUUGUAACGGUGCCGCUACAUAUCACCUCUAACCUGGCGUUAGGAGUGCUUCAGGGGGGUGGCGACAGGGUUAUCCUCCGUGGAAGAGACAAGGACGGAGGGGAUAAGCAGGAAGGCAAGGAGGCAGGGGGGAAGAUUGAGAUUAAGGAACCCAAAGGAAUGGAGUGGAACGUAGAAGCGAGCAAAAAUGAUGAGCAAAAGGACACGAGUCAAAAUGAAAAAGAAGACUUGGACACAGCAGGAAAUAAACGGGUAGCAGGAGACUCUGGAGAGGUGAAGGAUGAAGGAGUUAAAGAGAAAGGAGACAAGGAGUCAGGAAAAGAUGGCGAGCACAAAGAGGAGACACAGAUCGGAAACCAGCAUGUGGCGAGUGAGAAACAUUCUGAAAGCUCCGUCACAGGGGAAGGUGAUCAAGAAAACAUCGCAGACGAUGAUCAAGGCAGCGAAUACAUGGAAAUGAAAUGUUCAGAGCAAAGCCAUUACCAGGCAGCAGCAGCAGCCUCACUGCAUGAAGAUGAUGCUGAGUCUGAACCUAAAGAUUUCCUAAACUCGACUGAAGUAGAGGGAGACGAGGAAGACCAAAAACUGUCGGGCUACGUUCAAGAUAACUUUGAAUUCCUGGACCUAAUGGACCAAAUGGAUUAUAGUGCCAUGGACCACAUGGACUGCAGCAUGUCCUAUCAGGUUAAUGAGUUCUCCGUGGAGCCUCCUUGUCACUCUGAUGACGAGUAUGAAAUGAUGGCUCAUGCUGAACGACCAACCCAGAGUGUAACAGAGUUUAAACCACACAGACCACUCAGCCUGGACCUGCACAGUCGACACACUAAAUCCCUCAGUCUGCCCUACAUGAAGUCUCCCGUCGACGGCCCCGUGGAAAACUCUAGCUCAGAUGAAGAGGUUUCGGAAGACGACGGCGAUGGAGAAAAUUAUAGCAGUGAAGAAGAUGAGAGCAUGUUUGUGAAGAGCCUCCCGUCUGACUUCUUUCUAAACACUCUGUCUGGACUUGAAGACUUUCCCAGUCCUGACAGAGACAUGCUUGAUGGGUUACGAGGAGAAGAAGAAAGAAGUUACCAACCACUGGAUGUUGAACUUCCUGUUUGUACAGAACCCACUGAGCGCGUGCAGGAGAAUGCUGGAAAUGAUGAAGAAAGACAAGAAACAAAAGAGAUGGAACAGAAUGAAGUUCACCAUGAAGAUCAGCUUGACAUGGAUACAGAGAGCAGAACAAUAGAAGAAUCUCAGAGAGCUACAGAAGACGGUCCAACUGAAAACUGCCUAGUUUCAGAAACAUCAGCAGGCUGCUGUGAGGAGCUCGAGCUGCCGAGCAUCCAGGGCAAUCAGGAAAUCAACAAAGUGACUGAAACAGAGUUUGAGAGCGGGAAAGAGGUUCUAGAUGAGUCUGAAGAUGCUUCUCUUCCUCCAACACAACACCCUGAAAGCUGUGCCAUGGAGGAUGUUACAGAUGAACACAACAUGUCUGGACAUUCUGCUUCUAGAGAACCGGACUGUGUUGAAGGACCCAUCCACAGAGAACACAAUGAGGAAGACAAUUCAGACAGUAGGACAAACAGUGACAUUUGGAGCGAGCUUGAGGAUGUUGUAUGUGAAGUGAUUGAGGAUGAGGAGAGCAAACACUCUGAGAGGAAUGCUGCUGAAGAGGCAGAUGGAGAAAAAGAUGGAGAAGCAGAGGAGGAAAAUGAAACAAACAAGACAGAAGAUAAAAUGGAGGAGGAAGAGGAGCCAAAUGUAGGAAAACCUAUAGAUGAAGCAAUGGCGCAGGAGAGAAAUGAGCUUGAGCUUAACCAAGAAGGCGUAGAAGAAGUGGUUUCAGAAGAAACAGAAAAGGAGAAGGAAGACAAGGACAGAGCCGAAAGCAGAACACAACAGAGUGCUGAUAAACAGCUGCUGAUCUCAUCUGAUAUUAGGGACUCAAAGGAAGGAAGUAUGCCUGCGAAUGGUGACAGUGGCUUAGGAUGUGUUGGGAGGAAGCUGGUCGUCUCCAAGGAGCCUAAGAUUUACCAGGUCAAAGCUGUGCCGGUUGUUCCCCCAAAGCCUCAACACUGCAAAAUGACUGCUUUGACCCUCCGCCACCAGCAACAGCAGAGAGACAGGCGAGACAACACCCUGAAGGUCCCCGCUGAGCAGGAGCGAGAAGGAGAGGGAGACCGGGAGAAUGCCGAAAAAAAGGACAGGCCGUCCACACUCAGGGAGAAGAAGAGGGACGCUCUGGAAGGGGGCGUAAGGGAUGCAAAGAGGAACAGCCCACUCAGCAUGUGCUUCGAUGAGGCUGUGGCCAUCGCAACCCUGAGGAGAGAGAAAGAACGAGGGCGAGAAGGAGACGCGGACUGAGAGGGACUGUGAAAGUCAAACAAUGAAAGAGGAACUUCAUUUUAGGCAACUGUGGGAUGCAGCCUCAGAUGAUGCUGAGAAAACUCUGUGCCCAUUUAUAAGAGUCCAAGCAUCACUGUGGAAAAUACCUGCUGGCAUUUUUGUCACCAUUGUUAAUAUCUAGUUUUACUGGUUUACAGGCAUCAUAGUGGCUUUAUUGUCCUCAUCUGAAGAAAAUUUGUUAGGACCACAUUGUUCCUUUGGUUAGGAUGUUUAAAAAGCCUCGAAAUAAAUCCACCAUUUGCUUCAGCAGAAUGAUCUCCCAUCAAAAACACUUUCCUCGGUUCAACAGUGGAAAAUACUCUCUUAAAAUAAAAAAGGAUUUAUUUCA